GACAAUUUGGCGCCCAGCUCUGUUAAAAAUUUACAAUUUUUCCGGGAAUUCCCAAACAUUUUCCAUACUGUGUUUUUCUCAAAAUCAGUCCCGCCACUAAGGAGAAAGAGGGAAACUCAAAACCAAAACCAAAUUUGAAAAGCUCCCAAAAACAGAAACAACAAAAAGGCAUAUAUUCAUAUGUUCACGAUUCAGUGAAUCAUUUGGUUGAGAAUUUGAGAAAAGCUCAUGGCUGUUGCUUCAACUUCUGCUUCGAAAAUGGAAGAAGGAAAGCAAACAACGGGCAAUGGUGGAAUUCGUGUCGUCGGACGAAGAAUUUUUGAUUCUGAAAGUGGACAAACUUGUCACCAGUGCCGACAAAAAAUAAAGGGUUUCUUGGCUCCAUGCAAGAAAUUGAAAAAGAAGAAGCAAUGUCCCAUUAAGUAUUGCUGUAAAUGCUUAUUAAACAGAUAUGGAGAGAAUGCAGAAGAAGUCGCAUUGUUGGUCGAUUGGAAUUGUCCCAAGUGCAGAGACAAUUGCAAUUGUAGUCUCUGCAUGAAGAAAAAAGGUCACAAACCUACAGGUAUUCUUGUGCACACAGCCAAAGCAACUGGGUAUUCUUCUGUUUCAGAAUUGCUUCAAGCUAAAGGGCCUGAAAGUUUUGGAUAUGAAAAGAUUGGAAAAGAUAUAAGUGUUUCACCAAAGAAGCAAGUUGCUUCCAAGAAGGAGUCUAUGGCCGCUUCACCGAGGAAGCUUGGGAAGGAAAAUUCUUUUGAUGGAGACUCUGAUUCCAAGGUUGAUUCUCAGAAUUUGACAUCAUUUUCUAAUGAAAACAAAUCUAAGAAAAUGAAACGAGAAGGAUUGAAGGAAUUGUAUAAUGGCAAUGAAGAUCAUGAGCUAUCUUUGAAGAAAAAUAGUCCAAAAAAGCCUAAAGUCUUGAAUGAAGCUUCAAAGAAAAAAGUGAAGGGAAAUGGAAAAGAUAGUGGUUGUGUUUCAGAUAAAAACAACUCUAAGACAGAAGUGCAAAUGGAUGAUCCUUCCUGUCCCAGUAAAGGAGACGAAACUAAAUGUGCAAAAAGCAAGAAGGCAGGAGUUCUAAAUGGUGUUAAAAUUCCUGGGGAAAUUUCUAAGAAAAGGAAGCCCACAAUUUCCGAUGAAGAGUCCUGGGAAAAACUGAAGUUAAAGGAAAAAUUUAAGGGUGAUUUUACGGAGGAAAAGAAUUCUAAGAUGCAAGUUCUAGAAAGUAGCACCAUAUCUCCUGUUGGAAAUAAAAAAAAUGGUGUAAAAAGUGAGGAUCCUGGAGGUUUAAUUGGUUUUGAAAAUGAUAACAACAGUGCUGAGCUCAAGUCAGAUACAGGGCCUAGAAAAAAUAAAAAGUGUACUACACAAGUGUUGGAUAAAAAUUUUGACAUGGACAUUCAAUUGCCACAGGGCACCAGUUUAAUAACUGUUGCAGGUGUUGACUUACCUCCCCAAGAUGUUGGACAUGCAUUGCAAUUCUUAGAGUUCUGUGCUGCUUUUGGAUUGGUUUUUGAUAUGAAGAAAGGGCAAGCAGAAUCUGUAAUUAGAGAAAUAAUCCGUGGACGUGGAAGGUGCCGAUUACAGUACUCUCCACUAGCCCAACUUCAUACACAGUUGUUGUCUUUAAUACAAAAGGAUAUGGGGAAAAAGUUUCCAUCUUUAAGAACAAGUGACCACACUUCAUGGUUCCGAGCUCUUGGCCAAUGUGUGUCUGAAUCCCAAUGUGCACUGGAAGAAGUUCCUUCCAUUUUUUUUGAUAAGGGUGUGGAUGCGUAUAAUAUGUUAGACAGUUCUACAAAGCUUAAGCUUUUAAACUUCUUAUGUGAUGAAGCCCUUUGCACUAUAACAUUGAGGAGUUGGAUUGACAAACAAAAUUUAGAGUUUGUUGAUAGUGAGAAGGAAGCAAAAGAAAAGAUUCUUGCUGCAAGGGAUAAGGAAAAACAAUUAAGGCAGAAAAUGCAGGAUGAGGUUGCCAAAGUCAUUACUGGAAGAAGUGGUGCUCCUGUGUCAGUUUCUGAGCAUGAGACUCUUGUUGCACAAAUGAAAAGAGAAGCAGCUCAAGCUCAUGCAGAUGUGCUCCAGGCAAUGGGCAUGUUACCAAAGAAGAGACAAAGAUCUGAUGCUGUUAGAACGGCACCUAUUGUAUUGGAUGUUAAUGGUCAUGCUUUCUGGAGAUUGAGAGGGUAUACCAGUGAACCGUAUAUUUUGCUGCAAGAUAUUGGGACCUUGGAUCCAGUAGCACCUGAUGAAAAAUGGUUUGCCUAUGAUGUUGAACAGAAAGCACAUGUAGAGAAAUACAUUUCUUCUAUAAGAACAAAAAGGCUUAGGAUUCAGAAACUUUCAGAUAGCCUUCCAAUUGCUAGUGUUGAAACUAACUCGUAGCAUGCAUAGUCCAUGUGAUUGGCCAUUCUUUCAGAACAGAAGAAUGGGGAGGCAUGGCUGCUAGCUAUGAGCAACAGUUGAAAACAUCAUCAGUUUGCUUGCUAAUUCAUGAUGAAUUUGCAUUGCACACAUUGUUUUUUGGUUCCCAAUUAUUUGAUUGCGGAAUUGUAAAGGAUAACAUUGUAAGGUGGCAUGAUUCAGCUGAUGAUUGAUAGCAUUUUGUAAGUCAUAUGAAAUAUUGUACGUUGCAUGAUUGUAUAAUUGUUAUAUAAAUAUAAAUGAUACUUCCAAUAGAUUUGUUCUUUAAUA